AUGAUCGAACGCUGGCACAGAACAUUAAAAGCUGCCUUAAAAUGCGCCGAUCCUAUUAACUGGAGCAGUUCCCUGCAUUUAAUCCUCCUAGGCCUACGUACAACAGUUAAAAGCGACAUCGAGCUGAGCCCAACUGAAAUGGUUUAUGGUACCGCUCUACGUGUCCCUGGCGGAACAACCACACAAAAACAUACCGAGUCUGAGUUCGCCGAGGCUCUUCAAAAAACCAUAUCUCAGCUACCAACCACUAAGCCAGUGCACCAUCAUACACCGCAGGAAUUUGUGCACCCGGAUUUAAACCAUUGUACCCACGUCUUCGUCAGAGUGGAUCGAGUCAAAACCCCUCUGGAAGCAAACUACGAGGGUCAGUUCGAAGUGCUAGCAAAGCACGAUAAGUAUUUUACGCUCAAAGGACAUUCAAAAGACAACAAGGUGUCUAUCGACAGACUCAAACCGGCAUACAUCUUCCAAAACGAAUCUCCUCCGAAUCAAGAGAAAACGAUAGCGCCAACUGCCCAGCCAACCGAGCAGUUAUCAAGAUCAGGACGACGAGUCAGAUUCCCAGCAAAGUAUCUUUUCUAA